GUUUGGCGCGAAGCCGAAAGCAGUAGCAUUCGUUGUGAAAUUUAACAGAGAUAUCAAAAUGCCGCGAGUAGACAACGACAUAAAACUGGACUUCAAGGAUGUUUUGAUUCGUCCGAAGCGAAGUACCUUAAAGACAAGGGCGGAUGCUUCUAGGUUUCGGUUGUCACAUGGAAGACAGCAUGAUGGGACAAAUCAUAAUGUGAACCUCCAGCGGUCAUUCCUGUUCCGUAAUUCGGGCCAGGAGUACACAGGAAUCCCCGUUAUGGCAGCUAAUAUGGAUACUGUCGGAACAUUUGACAUGGCCAAGGCUUUAGGAAAACACAGCAUGUUCACCUGUAUCCACAAACACUACCCCGUGGAGGAGUGGAGGGAGUUUGCUGGUCAGAACAAGGAUAUACUACAGUACAUAGCAGCUAGCUCAGGUACUGGCCAGGGAGACUUGAGUAAGCUGUGUGCCAUUCUGGAGGCUGUACCGGACAUCCGCUACAUUUGUGUGGAUGUGGCCAACGGCUACUCCGAGCACUUUGUGGAGUUUGUGCGAGAAGUCCGUAAAAAGUUUCCACAACAUACUAUCAUGGCAGGUAAUGUGGUGACAGGAGAGAUGGUUGAGGAGCUAGUGUUAUCUGGGGCAGAUAUCAUCAAGGUGGGAAUAGGCCCUGGCUCUGUGUGUACCACCAGAAAGAAGACAGGUGUGGGUUACCCUCAGCUCAGUGCUGUCAUUGAAUGUGCAGAUGCUGCCCAUGGGCUUGGAGGUCACAUUAUAUCAGAUGGAGGGUGCACUUGCCCUGGGGAUGUGGCAAAGGCGUUUGGGGCUGGUGCAGACUUUGUUAUGUGUGGUGGGAUGUUGGCAGGGCACACAGAGUCUGGGGGAGAGAUUGUGGAGAAAAACGGGAGGAAAAUGAAGCUAUUUUAUGGUAUGAGUUCAGCUACAGCCAUGAAGAAACAUGCUGGAGGUGUGGCAGAAUACAGAGCCUCAGAAGGGAAGACUGUAGAGAUUGAGUACCGCGGUGACGUGGAAGUGACGAUACAGGACAUUCUGGGGGGCCUCCGCUCCACCUGUACCUACGUAGGAGCUGGCAAACUUAAAGAACUCAGCCGGAGAACCACCUUCAUCAGAGUUACUCAACAGCUGAAUGAAAUCUUUACCCCAUUCACAAAGGAGCACUGAUUGUGGGACAUAUCCCAGGGUAAUAAGUGAUGAGGAAGAUUAUUAUUUUAUUGAAGAUACCCAGUCAAAAACCCGGAAUAGUGAAUAUAGCUGUAUAUUUUACAUUGAUUGUGUCGUAUGUUCAUUAUAAUGUGCUUAGCAUAGAAAUAGAUUUCGC